AGAAGAUGGCUACCGGCGUACCGGUCGGCCUUUUCAUAUGUGGAUUGUUUUAUUUAUUGACAUUAACCAACGGUAAAGUUUUAACGCCCCCGUAUUUUAACUUAGCCCAGGGUCGAAAUCUGACUGCGACAGCGACCUGUGGCUAUGGGGUGCCGGACAAGGAGUUGUACUGUGGACUUACAGGCGCUGCCAGCAGCUUCACUGGGGAACUGAUUCAAGGACAGAUCUGCGAUUUUUGCGACCCUCGAGACCCGAACAAAGAUCAUAGGGUGGAGUAUGCGGUGGACGGGACGGAGCGAUGGUGGCAGAGCCCGCCCCUCUCUCGGCUGGGGGUGGAGCUCAACAAGGUCAACGUGACCAUCCA